AUGAAGACCUUACUGGCUCGACUCUUCGAUUGCGGCGAUGAUGCCUGUUGCUUCAGCUUUCUCAAGGGACGUGCGCGUCACUUCUAUGCCGACGAUGGCAACGCGGGGCACUUGCGGCUGCGUUCGGAGCCCGACCUGGACUCGCCAGGUUCGAACAGCCCGAUGGUGAGGCGGUCCCGCACCUGGAGCGCGAGCCAAUUCACCAAGAACUUCCGCCACCUUCAGCGGAUGAUGAGCUCACCGAAGCGCUUGAAGGCGGAUGAGUUGGACUUCGGACAGCUGAGUCUGCACGACCGGGCGACCAGCAUCAUGGACCUCUGGAAGAUCCGGGGACAGUACCGCCCAAUCACCGCCUUCUAUGACUUCGAACGGAAGCUGGGCGAGGGCGCUUUUGGCUCGGUGGCCAAGUGGCGCAUCAAAGGCUCCCAGCAGCAGGUGGCGGUGAAGCGGACGCCUGGCGCGGCAGCGGCAUGGCUUCUUUCGGAACCGUGCGGCGGAGAAGGCGAUCCGCAAGGAGCUCAAGCUGCUCUUGGUCCUGGACAACCCCUUCAUCAUCAAGUUUCGCGAGUGGUUUGA